CUGGCAUUUAACUACCUACAAUACCAGUGGCAUAUCCACCUUGCCGAAACCCCUCGACCACACCUUUAUCCCAUCUCCUUACCUUCUCGCUCCUUGCCCACUCGACGUAAAAUUCUCACCCCCGGCACUACCGCCUUGCUGGCUUCUCUUCUCCUCUCUUCCCCUUUCUGCUGCUGCGUUGCUUGUUCGACGGCGACCUGCUGCUCGAUGCGCCACUUAUAGGGUCUGCCCGGUCAACUCGAGAUUAGGCCUCUUCCUCCCGCUCCACCAGCCGUCUCGUGCGUUGCGCAGCCUUGGCUGUUUUUCUUUUCUGCUGGCUGGCUCCCUGGUUUGCUGGCCCUCGAUAUACUGCUCGUUUGCCGAGCCCUUGCUCCGAGACCCGCACGCGCGCGGAUACGUCUCCCGCAUUGUCUUUCCUCUUUGUUAUAUCCAGUCUGCUGCUGGGCUGCCUUCUGAAUUGGCCUAAUCGUCCUCCCCCUUCCCGUCUCGCGUGAACAGCUUGUUAUGAAGAGGACGCUAGCCGACCAGGCUUUCUGUGUCGCUACCUGAGUGACGACAAUCCCGAGACAUACAUACCUGUAUAUGAUGAGUUCGGCCAAUCCUCUGCGGGCGGGAGCGGCCGCCGUGCCGUCCGGCGAUCCCUCCCAGCCGCGGCAGAGGAGGGUUCGCACGAGCAAGCCAAAAGUCAAGACGGGUUGUAACAACUGCAAACAGCGACGUAUAAAAUGCGACGAGCGGCGACCUGAAUGUUCUCAGUGUGUUCGGUCGAGGAAGGUCUGCGGCGGCUAUCCCCCCCCUCCGCGAAAUAGAGCCUUGGAGGGCGUCAGGAUCGCGCCCAGGCCGGGCGGGCAUGCUGUUCCGACCCCAUCAGCGCAACUCGCCGUCCGACCGGUUCGGCCCCAACCCCUGACCCACCGCCCACCACAGCCAGUGGUCGCGCAACCAGCGCUCCAGACCGCCCUAGUGUCACGGCUCACUCCGCCGCAGACGCCGAUAGCCAGCUCUCUGACGACGCACCGCCCUUCGGGACUUGUUUUUGGCCUGAAAGAAGGUCAAUACUUCCAACUUUUCCGGGAACGUACGGCUGGUGAACUAUCGGGCUUCUUUGACUGCGCGUUUUGGACCCGUAGUGUCUUGCAGGAAUGCCAUUCGGAGGAGGCGAUUCGGUAUUCGGUAGUGGCUUUAGGGGCCCUCUACAAGACUCUAGAGAAGAUGUCCGAAUCGCCGCCGGGUUCGCCGUCUGAUUCCGUCGACUCGAUAGACAACUACGUCCAACACUGGGAGGUUGCCUUCAAGAAUUACGAGUUAGCGAUCAAAUCCAUUAGGGCCUCGGCACCUCGGGAUCACACAACGCAGAGGAUGAGUCUGAUGGCGACGGUGCUGCUAGCUUGCUUCGACUCCUUUAUCGGGGACCACAAGCAGGCGAUUAUACAAAUCCAAAACGGCCUGAGGCUGUUGGAGAUGCUACGUGCCGAGCGCAGAAAUGCUUUCCUCCCGAAACCGGAGGAAGCGGUCGAACAGGACCUGGUUCAAAUGUUCACGCGCCUAGCUAUUCAAGCCAAGUCUUACGACAUGGCUUUUCACUUCCCCCAACCGUUCGUCAUCCGCCUGACCCCCCAGAAUAACCAGAGCAAUGAGCACCCCAUCUCUCCCUCGUCCGAUGGGGGCUCGCCAGUGUCGACGACCUCGACACAGCUUCCGGUUGUUUUCCAGUCACUUCUGGAAGCCAGACAAGCCUGGGAUGCUCUCUGCGAGCGGAUGAUGCGAUUCACUGAGAAUCUGUUUUCGUAUACCUCGGACAAGAGCCCCAUGGGCGUUCUUCCGCACUCGCUGAAGCAGUACGGGGUCAGCUUCAUGGAGAGCCUCGAAUCGUGGUCAAGAGCUUUCGAGCCCAUCCUACUAUCGCGGACGGUUCCAGCCAAAAGCAGUCAGGAGAAAAUCGGGAUCGCGGUUCUGAAAAUGAAUCAGAUCAUGGGCGUGAUCCUGUUCUAUAUGACAUUUAGCGACACCGAGCUCCAGUUCGACGCCUACCUGAGACAAUUCCGAGAUAUCGUCAACUUAGGUAUGGAGGUCGUCGGCGACGAAGAGCGAAGGGCGGCCGCGAGACGAUGUCCGAACCCGCAAUUUUGCCACCACCAGCCUAUUCAGGCCGAUAUUUUUGGCGGGCAGUACACAGCCCGGCACAUCAAGCCGAGUUUCAGCGCAGAUCUGGGCAUCGUUCCCCCGCUCUUCGUCGUCGCUACCAAGUGCCGGGACCCCCUGACUCGGCGCCAGGCGAUCCAAUUACUGCGGACUAGCUCACGGAGAGAAGGUAUGUGGGACAGCGAGCUGGCUGCUCGCAUAGGGUCGUGGGUUAUGGAAAUAGAAGAGGACGACGCUACCGAGGACUAUCGACGACCUCCCUCGAGCUCGACGGACGCGAGCCGGCCUUCCUUCGACAGUCCUGGUGCUAGAUCUGCCGGGUCUCCUAACUUCGGGGACGACGUCCCCCUCGGCCCCGGCGGCAAUGCUCGCUGGGGUAGCCGGAGAGAAAGCGUGUUUAGGAGGACCAUCCCGGAGGAAAAGCGUGUUAUGGUUCGGGCAGUCGAGUUCGAUCUUCGCGACCGCGUCGCCACCAUCCAAUGCGGCACGCGAGGAUUGAUUCCCGGUAUGCAGGACCCGCGAACCCGCUCCACCACGAUCACAUGGUGAUAGCCACCUCGGUGCUUCGCUACCGACCAACAACGGCGGCAGCCGGUGCAUAUGCACCUCCAUGCCACAUACCCCAGCGGGGAUUCGCUUCUUCGAGCCUGGACGUUCCAAUUCAAGUGGCAGGUCCACUACUUCCAUAACUAGGGUAUGCCGGCGAGGUCUAGCAGGAUAAAGAAAACCUAAAAGAGUGCGAGGCAAUAAAAAAAAAAACAAGGGUAAUAUAAAGAAAUGGGUAAUGUUUUCUGGAUAUCUGCUUAUCUGUUUAGCUACAUGACUGCUGCGCGAGCGAUAGUAAUGAGAGGGAACCAACACGCAUGCGGGUUUCGCGUCGGUGCCUCGGUUCGAUGAUACCACGGAGGAUGAAUAAAAUCUAAUUAGAAGCGUGUUCGAUAUCUUAACUUGAGGCGAUCUGCCUCAUUGACGCUCCGGCGGCUGGUGCCUAAUGUGUGCUGCUUUGCCGUCGCCUCCCUGUAGACGCCACGCCGUAAGAGCGGUUCGCUUGGGCAGCACUGAGCUAUGCGUUUUCAGUAUUCACAACCGGCAUGGUCCCUCAUCAUGAGAAGGUGAUAGCAGGGCGGUUAGAGUGUGCGGUACUACUGUGAGAGAGGCGGCGAAGAGGACGUGAAAGUAGAGAGGUACGUUAGUCAACGAGGAAACAGACUACGAAUCCAGCAAUAUUGCUCAUGCCCGUGUGAAAAAAAGAGUCGAGUGCUCAGCAUCU